UUGUACGGGACUUUAAGUACCUUUCAAGCCCAUGCAUGCGAUGGCGAAGACCUUCAUCUCACUUGUCCCAACAACACCAUCAUCAGUAUCAAUUUCGUACGUUACGGAAGACAAGAGAAAUCUGGACAUCUUUGUCCGGGUAUCAACACAGAAAAUGCUAAGACAUGCCACUUAGAUAGUGCCCCGAAGACAAUCGAAGCGAGAUGCCGGGGAGCUAUGGAGUGCCAUUUCCAGAUAUCACCUCAAAUAUUUUUCGAAGAUCCUUGUCCAGGCAUACGGAAGUAUGCUGAAGUAGCGUACAAAUGCAAACCAGAAAACUUUAGAAAUAAAGUAGUAUGUGAAGGUCAGCGAAUAUUUUUAAAGUGCCCUAUGCAGAGUAUAGUAAUUUAUUCAGCAACAUUCGGUACAUCCAAAGCCGAUAUUCUCGAAUGUCCUAGGAUAGACCCUAUCAAAGGUGAAGAUUGUCUUGUUAGUUACGCUACGGAGACCGUAAUGCGCCUUUGCUCUAGACGUGAAGAAUGCUCUAUAACAGCAGAUAUAGAUACUUUUGGAAAUCCUAACUGUGCAGGCAGGAAGUACUUGAAAGUAACCUACAGUUGCGUUGACUCGAAACUUUUGGUGGAGACGUCUGUCAGAGAGAAAUCUACAGAGGAAAUCAUCCACACGACCUCUUUUCCCGCAUGGGUGCGUGGUUUGGAUCACUCAGUACAGAACAAUCACCGCUUUCAAGGAUUUGAUGUUAAAACUCCUACGAAACCGCCCAACUCCUUUCAUUUGGAGAUGCAAAGUGACGAAGAGGACAACGACAGUACUAAACCUACGAAUCAGAAAUUUGUCAAUUUCCUGUCCGGAUGGGUGUCAGCUCACAAAUAUGUAGAGAAUAACAAGCAGAAAUUCAUUCUAUACCUUGCUGUGAGCCUGAGCGUUGGCGUCAUAGCUUUCCUGACUGUCCUCGGUGUUCGAUUGUUUGUCAUCCGAAGGCCGCGAAACAGCAGCAAACUAGAUAUUACGCCGGACACAGAGGAUCAAUUCUUCAGUGAUAGUGAUCUGGAACAGUUCGAUCCUCCUGAAGACCUGCCUCCAGCACCACCAGUGACGACUACACUGCGGCGUCAUGACAGUGAUGCACAGCCAAGAGCACCAGUUACUACUGGUCCCGAACUCAAUCAUUACUUCAGCUGAGAGCCAGAACUCUAUCAUUACUUCAGCUGAAAACGUUUUCAGAAACGAAAUGCCAAGAAGACAGAAUUUAAAAAUGGUGGAUGCAGUUUAGUACAGUGAUGAAACAAAUUGAUUACUGUUACCACAACAUGAAAAGUGCUAGUGACAAGUGUUACAGUAAUAUGAUAAGUGCAGUUCAUAAAGUAAUGCAGUAAAACAAACAUUUCUGCAGAGCAAACCUGUUUGUUGGCUUCUAAUAGCAUCAUGAUAAUUGAAAAUCCUUAUGUUGAGACUGCAGAGAUUAAAAAGCAAUUUUUAAAGCAUUGUCAUAAGUGCUUCUGAAAUGAUCAUUUUGUAAGCAUUUUAUGUAGAUAAAUAUCGCGUUUUUAUACUUUUUUUGUAAUUUAUGUGAUGUUUUAUUAAAUUUGUACAAAUAAUUUAAUUAA